AUGGUCCGACAUAAGAAAGAUGGGUUGUCCUCUCGUGGGAAGAAAUACUCUAACGCUCCGCGUCCUCGAGGACCAGCCCGCAACGGCGAGGACGGCGAAGCCGCCACCAACUCGAAACCCCAAUUCAAGGCUGCCUGCUGGGACCUGGGCCACUGCGAUCCGAAGAGAUGCUCGGGGAAGAGGCUCAUGCGAUUAGGCAUGAUGCGGGAGCUUCAUGUUGGACAAAAAUUUGCUGGAGUUGUCGUUUCACCUAAAGCGAAGAAAAUCCUAUCAGGCGCGGAUAAAGAGCUACUAGAGCAAUAUGGUGCAGCUGUGGUUGAAGCGUCGUGGAACAGGAUAGAUGAGGUUCCCUUUGGGAGGAUAGGCGGAAAGUGCGAGAGACUAUUACCAUAUCUUGUUGCAGCAAACCCUACAAACUACGGACGACCCUGGCGGCUCAACUGUGUCGAAGCCCUGGCGGCUUGCUUCUACAUUUGCGGACACCCUGAGUGGGCGGAGGAAAUACUAUCGACCUUCUCGUAUGGAGAAGGUUUUCUGGAGAUCAACGGGGCGUUACUGAAACGUUAUGCUGCGUGCAGCACAGAGGAAGAGAUCAAAAAGUGUGAAGAAGUGUGGCUCGAGAAAAUUGAGCGGGAGUAUUCAGCCAGUCGGGUUGAUCAAGAUGGCGGCAAGGAAGAUGCAUGGAAAGGCGGCAACAUGAAUCGUCGGCAGCUAGAAGAUGACGAAGAAGAUGACGAAGAAGAAGAUGGCGAAGAGGGGGAGGCCCCUCAGCUGAAGGGAAAGCACAAGGCCGCAAAAGGGGAAGAAGAAACCGACAACGAGUCCGGCGGGGACCCUGACAACCGAGACCCAUACACUAUGCCCGAGUCAUCAGAGGAUGAGGAAGAAAUGGCCGAGCUUCGACGCCGAGUACUAAUGUCUAAGCCGUUUGCCAACCCUAUCCCAGUGGAGGGUGACAAGAAACAGCCCGAGAAGGUUGCGAGAACGGAGCCGUUGCCCAGAGCUGAAGAUGACGCUAUGUCUGAAUCUGAUUACGGUCAAGAUGAGGAGUUCGACAACAUUAUCAAAGCUACCCCGAUGACGGAUCGAGCCGGUAUCACUGCAAGGCAGAGGCUGAAGUCGCAAGACAAGAAAAUAAGCGCCACCUUCAACAGCGCGUCUUUGGGUGCUCCUAGCAAGUGGUAG